AUGGCCAUGCCGAUAUCGAAGAGAAGAAGAGUAGAAGAAGAAUCAGUAGAGAAAUUCGCAAUGGCGAAUUGUGUGGAUAUCAUGAAGAGGAACGAGUCGCUAGGACGAUCUAAACACUUCGAGUGCAAGACAUGCAACAAAAAAUUUGAUUCGUUUCAAGCACUUGGUGGGCAUAGAACGAGCCACAAGAAUACGAUGAAUAAGCUCAUCGCGACAAGUACUACUGACGAAUUUUUACCUGUUAAGCCCAAAAAACACAAAUGCUUCCUUUGUGGCGAAGAGUUUGCUCUGGGCCAAGCUUUGGGCGGACACAUGAGAAAACAUCGCGAUGAAUUAAAUCAACUCGAGCAGAAGAAGAAGAAGAAAUUGAAGGAGAAUUCGAAGAGUAAUGAAUUUGCAGAAGCUGUUCACGAUAAGAAAGAUAAGGGUAGUACUGAAAGAAAUUUGUUUUUGGAUUUGAAUUUGACGCCGUAUGAGAAUGAGGUGAUGACAGGGAUGAUUCCUGUUUAG